UGUGCUAGAAUUAUAAUAUCUGCAUUUGUAUACUCUAUUUAUAAUUCACUUAUUUCUUUUCAUCAAUCCUAUUCAGAAUCUUAAGUUAAAAAUCCUCAAAGCCCAACCCUUUGAAUUGAUUUGAUUAAUAUUAUUACUUGGAAAUCGAAGUGAUAAAAGUUUAGGAGACAGAAGAAAGAAAAGAAUAAAACAUCAUACGACAACAAAAAGAUGGAUGCUGAGAUGAGGGAGGCGGAGGCAUCGCAGGUGUCAAGCUCGGGCCAGAAUGAUGUUGUCCGUGAUUUACUCACAUUGGCUCGACAACUCAUCAAUCAAGGAAAACCUUCUCAGGCCCUCCAAGCUGUGGUCACAGCAAUGAAGAAUAAAGGUGGGGAUGAAGCUGUCUUUCAGUCCUUACAUCGUGCUCGUGAGCUGUAUAGAAGUAGACUACAAGAGAAUGCUGAGGUUGAUCAGCUGGCUUCUUUGUUUGCUGAGUGUGCCAUUGCUGAAGCUCAGCCUGUAAUGAUUGAACCUUCUGCAAAUAACAUUGCCAGCCCAUCAAUUACCCCAAGCGCUCAUGGGACUUCCAUACUGGCAGAAACAGGCAGGAUGCAAGUAGUAUUGGAUGCAGUUGCAGAUGGAAGCAGCUUCAUCUGUUUGAAGUGUGGGGGCCUUGUUAGUAACAAUCGCAAAGAUGAGCACUAUGCAUACUGGUGUUGUUAAUCCCAAUGCUUUGGUAUAGGGUUAGACAUCUGCUAUGUGAUGCCAUGUUUUUAUAUGCAUUGUCAAGAUGGACUGAUGGAACUUGAGUUCUGAUUGCCUUAUACCUUGGUCUUUGGAAAAGUCAUGCUAUGGUCAUAGUGAUUUAGUUACCAAUACAGAAAUGCCGGUAAAUACUGGAUGUAUGUUGGUCCAUGUUGACUCUAGUGUUACUAUUUGAGCCAAGAGUACUUUAUUAUCCCAUCGUGUUUACUCUUUCUGCGGAUUUUCAUGUAACAAUAAUGAACUUUAGGCAUGUAUACAUACAUUUAGAUGGCAAUUCUAUCUUACUGAAAACAAUGAUAUAGCUGUUAUCAGC